UUUCGGAUUCGGGUUAGGGUUUUCAACCCGUUUAAAAAAUUGGGUCGGGUUCAGGUUGACCCGGAAACCUGGGAAUUACAAGGAUUGACCCGUUGACGGAUGCCCGCGUCACCGCAGCUGCCCAAGGCCAAUCACGUGUCUAGACUCGAUCGUCGCGUCUGUGUCCACGUCGGUGUGACCACCGGGCUGUGUUGCUGACCCGCCUGCCCCCAUCGUCGAAUCCCCGCUCUCUCGUCGCAUUCCUGUUGCAGGUCGCAUCUUGAGAGAAGAAACUGGCAGCUGCCGCGCCGCUGCAGCUGACUUGUCGUUGCCAUGUCCUGACGCAAACCGGAAGCGGGUUGGGCUCGAGUCCAAAAAACUGACUCGUUUGCAAAAAUGUUACGGAUUUGUGUUAACCCGAAUAGUGUCGGGUCCAUUCUGGAUUCAACCCGAACCCGACUCGUGACCCAAAAUUGACAUGCCUAGUCCCAAGUGAAGCCGAAGUCUUAUUCUUAUUGUUGGAUCAUUUAGAUAAUUGCAAUCAAUUGCUUAUAUUUGUAAUUGCUCUUUAAUUUUCUUUUUGCCCAUUGAUUGUAAUUCAUUUACAGCAUUGAAGUCAAAUUUUAUUUUAUUUUUAAGGUGGGCGUGCACAAAUUAACUAUUAUUUAUCAUCGAUAUUUUUAAUAAAUAUCUAUAAUUCUAAAUCCUAAAAUUUUAUGAAAGACAAAAAUUUAAAAAAUAAUAAUUUUCCGACCGCCCACAGUCUCCAUAUAGUGUAGUUGCAUGUCAAAUAUCUCUUCUAUAAAUUAUCCCUCCAUCUUCAUCUCUCCUUAAUUAGUUAGAUAAAGGAAGGAGAGAGAGAGAGAGAGAGAUGGUAGAGAGAGAAGUGAAAGCAGAGGGUGUGCUAAGAUUGUCAUCAAUGGUGCUGGCGGCCAUUAGCGCGGCCAUUGUUGGUCUGGAUGAACAGACCAAAACCGUCUUCUUCACGAGAAAGAGAGCCACAUCUCGGAAGCUUGAAGUUCUCUGGGCGUUCACAAUCAUAGCUUCAGCUUCCUCUGGCUAUCAUCUUCUGCAGCUUUGUGGUUGUAUAGCCAUCGCUUGGCUGAGAAAAAACCAUUCUCAGGUUGCCAACAAGUUCUUUGCAUGGAUUAGGCUUUUAUUGGAUCAGGGAGUGGCUUAUGCAAUGUUUGCUGUGGCAGUCGCAGCGACGGAGGGAUCGACGGUGGCGCUGAGAGGCGUGAAUCCGCUGCAAUGGUCUGAACUGUGCAACAUCUAUGGAAAAUUCUGCCGGCAAGUCGCCGGAGGUUUAAUAUGUGGCUUUGCAGCAUCCAUUGCCAUGGCCGUCGUCUCCUUCUUCUCUGCUCGCAAUCUGUUCAAGCUUUACUCAGUUCACCAUAGAAGGGAGAUCUCCGGCCUUAAGAAGUGGAGAUGGAAUCUCUUCUAUUCCAGUUUUAGCUAAUAGUACAUAAGAAGAAAUAACUCUGGAGUCUGCAAUAAUCCUCGUCUUCAAUUAUAAUAUAUAAAAUCUCAAACAUAAAAGUGUGUUGCGAGUAUCAGAAUUAGGCUUCAUUUGGGAUGGCUUUCUUAACUUCUGUUUUAAAAAAUUUUCUAGUAUAGAAAUUUCUUGCUGCUUGUUUAAGCUUAAGCUUCUCAUGAUGAUUGCUUUGAAUUGUGAAUUAUCGAGAUGUCACUAGAAUGCAAAAUAAUGAUAAAAAACAUUUGAUUGGAUAUUUCUGUAAUAAUUAUGAAACAGUUAUUUUAUAUUUUUAAUC